CUCGGAUCCUUCGCCUUAAUUGCUCGCGUCGCGCGCAGCUUCCCUUCCACGCCUUCCACACCGCGCGCGCCUCACCCGACGGGGGUAUAAAACACCAGCGUGAAACCGCCUUGGCCUUCGCAGACACACCAGGCCGGACUCGAUCGGCGGCAGAUAAGCCAGGGGCGGUUGCUCUAGCUCGGCGCUCGGCGAUGGGGAGGCGGCUGGACGUGCUGCUGGGGCGGACGACGAAGCAGACGGCGCGGCUGCGGUCGCUGCUGGGGCUGGCGGUGACGCGCCGGGUGGUGCGGGGCCACCGCCAGGUGCGGUGCGCGCAGGCGCGCGGGGACGUAGAGCAGCUGCUCCGCCUGGGGCGCCCCGACCGCGCGCUGGCGCGCGCCGAGCACGCCGUCCGGGAGCAGGACGCGCUCGACGCGCUCGCCGACCUCGAGGCCUACUGCGGCCUCAUCGCCGAGCGGGCGGCGCUCGUCGAUGAGCACAGGGAGUGCCCCGAUGAGCUGCGGGAGGCGGCGGCGGGGCUCGUGUACGCCGCCGCGAGGUGCGGGGACCUGCCGGAGCUGCAGGAGGUCAGGAGCAUCCUCGCCGCCAAGUUCGGCAGGGAGUUCGUCUCCGCCGCCUCCGAGCUCCGCAGCGGCUGCGGGGUCAACCCCAAGAUCGUGCAGAAGCUGUCGACCAAGCAGCCGAGCCUCGAGAGACGCCAGAUGCUGCUCCAGGAGAUCGCUGCGGAGAAAGGGAUCGCCGUGAGCGUCUACGAGCCUCCCUGCCAGGGCUCCGGACGCUCCAACGACAACCACAGGAAGACGAAGCAGGACGAAGAGAUGAUCAGGACGCCACCAGUUGAUGACCUGGACGAAGACGUCUCCGGCGACUCGGCGCAGAGGUACAAGGACGUGGAGGCGGCGGCGCAGGCCGCGUUCAAGUCUGCCGCCUCGGCCGCAGCCGCCGCGAAGGCAGCAAUGGAGCUCUCGCGUGGGGAGGCCAGGGGGCCCGGCGACGGGAGGAAGACAGGAACGGCGCUGAUGGAUCAUGAGAGCAAGAAAGGGGACGAUUCGGUUGAUGGAAAGAAAUUUGAGAAGAUUGGACAUGCCCGGAAUUACAGUUCAGAGAUUGAGAUCCUGCCGGAUGACGAGGCAAACCAUGGCAACACUGCAGCCAACGAACUGAAGCACCAUGAGCAGAGGGAGCCUGCCAGGGGCAAGCCACAAUCGGUCAGAACAAAGUGGGGAUUUUAGCUGCAACCAAAUGGCAACAGAGGAAAUGGUUUCGUGAUCUCAAUAUAUUUAGUUGAAUUUUCGCUAUAUGCCUGUAGUUAGAUCCUAUGGCAUAUGCUCAUGCCAUAUGUGCAAUGUAAAUGAUAAAAAGAGAACAAAAAAGAACGAGAAAUUUGAUUCGUUGCCAGGUUGUAAGCAGGGUGCAAAAUCAUCAUAUAUUGCUGAAUGCAUUGUUUUA